AUGGCGCGCAAUUCGGAAAAGGCGCAGUCGAUGCUCUUCCGGUUCCGCGCCGCGCAGGCCGCAGAAUCCGGACUCCUGCCGACCGCGGGCCAGCGGCGGCCCAAGGCGCCGAGCACCAUCAGCACCAUCCCCGUGUGCGAGAAAUGGCGAGGCCAGAUCCUCAAGGAAAUCUCGCGCAAGGUCACAAAGAUCCAGGACGAGAGCCUGUCGGAUUUCCAGGUGCGCGACCUGAACGACGAGAUCAACAAACUCAUGAAGGAGAAAUGGGGCUGGGAGCGGAGAAUAAGAGAGCUCGGCGGGCCGAACUACAUGCGAGGCGGGGGCACCGUGUUCGACGACCAGGGGCGAGAGGUCCCCGGCGGCGGCAAAGGGUACAGGUACUUUGGCCGGGCGAGGGAGUUGCCGGGCGUCAAGGAAAUGUUUGAGCGGGCCGCGAAGAGGCGAGUGCACGGGGACGAGGGAGACGAAGACGCAAGCAAACUCCGACAGGGACAGGACAUCAGCCGGAAGAAUCUCGACGCGAGGUAUUUUGGCUUCGGCCUGGACGAGGAAGAUGGGAGUCUCCUAAAGUACGAACGCAGAAAGGAGAAAGAGGCCGUCGAGAGGAUAUCGAAGCUGGCCGAUGGGGACGACGAAGCAGACGACGAAUGGGAGCCUUUACCUGGUGAUACGGGUGAUGGAGUGCCCUGGCGGCUACCGACGCUUGAGGAAGUCCAAGAGGAAUUGGUAGAUCGAAGAAGACGGCAGCUACUUGAUAAGCUUGUAUGA